AUUAAAAGAGCAGAAAAAGAGACAGGUAUAGGUAUGCAUCCAUCACCUUCCUCCAUCAAUUGUGGGGGAGGGGUGCAUCUAUAUAAGUCACCACUGCAGUCGUUCAUAAAGAAAAGUUUUUUGCAGCUUCCCUUUCUUCAGAAUGGGGUGGAGGGUGCAUAUCCAUUCCUCAUAUCAAAUGAAGCAUGGGACUGCCUGAGAGGGUAUGUUUAAUAAAGGAUAAGUUGAACCAGUGCCAACAAGAUCUGAACAGGAAGAGCUAAUAAUCUCUGAUACACUAUGUUUUUUUGAAAGGAUAUAUAUUUAGAACACUUGCAGGUGCCAUACUGGGGGGCACUCUGGUGUCUGUGGGUGCCAUGUUGAUGCAUUCUUCAGAACAUACCCUCAUACUGCUGUGGUGAUUCUACAAUGGUGGCUUAGUUGAUAAACACCUCGCUACAAACUGAAACAUACUACAUUGGGGACAGGACCCAUUGGGGAGACCUAGAUUCAAGCCAUCACUCAGCCAGGCUCUGGUUUUUUUUGAACCAGUUACCAAAUGUGGUUCUUUAGUGCACAUUUCUCCUUAUAUAAACCAUUUUGCAAGCAAUUUCCAAUAACAGGAUGCAUUUUUGUAUGUUGUCUCAACUAAUCUAUGCAUUCUAAAGCACAUUUCUCCCUAUUAUAUGCUUUUUGAGAAUUUUGUUGUUGUUGGAGACCUAGGGUACUGUAGCCAAGCCAAGGUCAGUCGGCAAAUGAAGCAAAGAAAGCUAAAUCCCACUGAUUUCAAUAAAGUGCCGCCUUUCAAAAUAUUGUUAAAUGUGUUUUAUCAGUUCAGUAGGGAGGCAAAUGUAUGGUAACUGGAAGAGAAAAGAGAGAGGAGAAGGAAGGUGGGGGAGAGAGAAAGAUACCUUGUUGCCAUCAUUAGCCACAUUCUAAGUGGAUCUCCCAGCAUUCCAUAAACUUAUUAACAUAAUAGGACAGAGGUGGGAUUUGUGACUAAGCAAAGCCAUAAGAAGGAAAUCUCUUAGGCUAUGAGAAGUUAAAGCUCCAGGGUUCUGCUCAUUUAGGAUUUCUUGUUUGACUCUUUUGAAAAAUUACAUCACUCACAUCUGAGCUUCUCAUCAUCUUGAAAGAGGACAGAUGUAGAAGUGCUUCAAUAAGAAUUUUAGAACCAUCCGUGAACUGGAAUACAAGAAAGGGAGGUAUGAGGAGGUCCGGGAAACAAGGUAAGGAAAAAUAAGUAAUAGAAAAUCUGAGUGUUUUUAAUCAUUUUUAUUUUGUAUUUUUUUUUUCUUUUUCAUUUUUUAUUGUAAUAUUUUAAAAAUCCUAAUAAAUAUCUUAUAUAAAAAAAAAGAAUUUUAGAACCAUCCAAGUAUGGAUUUCCUUCUUUUUUUACAGUUGCCUUUAGAAAGCAUGGAGAAUGGGCCAUUGAAAGGUCUACCUUCUCCAGAACUAUCGCAAUCCAAUAACUAGUUAAAAAGAAGAUGUGCAAUGUAAUCGUGUCUGUUCACAAGUAGGCAUUGCUGAAUCCAAUGGGUCUUACUCUCAGGUAAGUGUGUACAAGAUUUAAGUCUCAGGGUCCUAGAUACAUUGAAGCAGGACAUGCUCCAGCCAAAUUUAGUAUGGUGCAUUAACUCAAUUUGAAGGCAGUUCACAUUCACACUAUACAUUUAAAGCACUCUCCUGUCACUUUAACAGUGAUGGCUUCCCCCAAAGAAUCAUUCGAGCUGUAGUUUGUUAAAGGUGCUGUGAGUUGCUGUGGGACCCCUCACAGAGCUACAGUUCCCAGCACCCUUAACAAAUUACAAUUCCUAAGAUAUUCUAGGAGAAAUCAAUGUUUCUCCUAGCAAUGUUUUGCAAAUGUUAUACAGUAAAUGUAUUGUGUGGAUAUGACCAUAAAUUUGGCUGAAACAGACCAAUUAUUUUUUAAAAAUAUAUAUUCAGAGUUGUGUUAUAAGGAUAUGAAGAGAUAUUACAGAAACUGACAACCUGAUUAUGCCUGUGUUAUUGUUUCCAAAUCCAGUUUCAUUAGAACUUGAUAGCUUCAGCUUCUUUUUCUUCCUCCUCCACUAGCUGUCUGCAUUUCAAUAGGUCAGUGACAGUAGUGAGGUCAUCAUUUUUAGUUCAUGUAGGUAUCACAUACUUUUAAGUACAACCCUAUAUUACAUAGAGGUCAAUUGGGAAAUUCCUAUUUGUCAUGAUAUUUGACUGUAUUCUGAAUUAGCAAUGGAGUAUUUUGGUAACAUAUAUUACCUUUUUAGAGAGUUAUGCUUUAUCUCUCAAUCUUGAAAACCAUAGAGAAUAGCUUGAAUUGGUUUUAUUAUUAAUUGAAAAUAUAUAAAUUGAUGCUAGACUCACAAUCACAUUUCAACUAGAAUAAAACCUGAAGUGUAUUUUGACAGUCCUGUACUAUGUAUAGCAUCCAGUGCUGUCUUCCCAGCUCUACAACAUAAAUUAGUGUUUGCAAUGCGAGUUCCGGUUUCUCUUCCCCUUCCUUCAGCUUCUCAUGCACAUUCCAAAACCUGGUCCUGAAGGUCCCCCAACCUUCCAGAGCAGAUUUUUGGCUGUAUUGGGGCUGCAGUGAGAAGGAAAGAAAUUUUAAUCUCAGACCAGGAAAUGGACCUUCAGCACACAAUCAAAAUUACAAGCCACUAGUAAAUGCAAGUAAGAUGUUCAAAAUGAGCAACAGAUGCUCUCCUGAAUUGAAGAACAAUAGCAAAGGCUGAAUAAAUCUCUGCACACAUUUUAAAACGUCAUUGAAAUCGUUAAUAAUCACAUGAGUAAGAAUCUUGUGACUAUUUUAUUAGCUGCUGAUCUACUUUUCAUCUGAUUUGCCCCGUUACUGAUUUCAGAAUUUCCAGAUUGUUUUUUUAGACUAUGCCAUAAUUACUAGUAUAAGUGGAUUUAUUGAUAUGACUGAUGUCACUUUGCAUGAAUCAGUUUCACUGACUGUUCCCCCCACCCCAAGAAUUGUGCUUAGAAUACUUUGUUUUUAUUAACAGCGGAAGCAGCAAUUAACUUACAGAAGAAUGUGGAACCAAACCUCACAUGUAGAAUUCAUAAUUAUGGGUUUCCCUGAACUUCCACAGCAUCAGUUAUAUUUAUUUGCAUUUUUCAGCACCAUCUACCUUCUAACUCUUCUGGAAAAUGUCCUCCUCAUUUUGACCAUUUCAUUGAACAACCACCUUCAUACUCCCAUGUACUUCUUCCUAGGAAAUCUCUCUCUUUUGGAAAUAUUCUAUGUCUCAGUAACAAUGCCCAAAUUGUUAUCAAAUCUGUUGUUGGGUGAGAAGACAAUCACUUUGGAGGGCUGCAUCACUCAGCUGUAUUUUUUCUUAUCUUUGGCUUCUUCUGAAUGCUUUCUCUUGGCAACUAUGGCCUAUGACAGGUAUUUGGCCAUUUGCUACCCAUUACAUUAUGCAACACUCAUGAAUCACAGAGCAUUCACUGUCUUGAGUCUGGUUUCCUGGCUAGGUGGCUUCCUGGCUUCCUUUCCAUCAGUGUUGAUGAUCUCCAACUUGCAGUUUUGCAGGAAAAAUACAAUCAGACACUUUUUCUGUGACCUCUCACCUUUGUUGAGGUUGUCAUGCACCGACACUUCAUCCAUUGAGAUGUUGGAUUUUGGGGCAGCUUUAGCAGUCCUCAUGACUUCACUGGCUGUCACUGGAACAUCUUACGUAUGCAUCUUUUGCACAGUUGCAAAAAUUCCCUCCGUCAAAGGGAAGCGGAAAGCUUUUUCCACCUGUGUCUCACACCUGGCAGUUGUUUCUAUGUUCUAUGCCACCACCAUAUUCAUGUAUGCACGACCCAAGGCCAUCGGAACCUUUGAUCUCAACAAGCUGGUGUCCAUCCUCUACACAGUGGUGGCACCGUUUCUCAAUCCUAUCAUCUACAGCCUUAGAAACAGGGAAGUGAGGAAGGCCUUAAGGAGAGCUUUACAUAACUCAGCCAUGUUAUCAAACUGUUUUCAAACAGAGAAGCUAAAGCCAUCACAAAACUGAAAAUUACCAAAUUCAGAUACCUUCUCCAUUCACCAUCAAGCUUCACGUGAUAACUUGUGCAAUGAUAAAAUACAUUGGAAACUACGAAAACAUUAAGAGGUUCUGAUAUGUGGCCUCUGUGAUUUCAGGGUGGGUUUCAGAAAGUUACAUUUCAUCUAAGUUUUAAUUUGUAUUUUUUUAAUUGUUGCUAUAUUUGUAUUGUUCCUGUUAUACCUAAUUGCAAAUUCAAAUGUAUCCCUAUCGUGUUUUAUGACUUCCUUGAUAUUGUAUGUGGGCUGGAACUGGUCUGUGAC